AUGGCCGGCAAUAGAAUUAAAAGUGAAAAUUUUAAUAUUUUAGGAACUAAAAUGUCGCUGCCGAACUACAAACAAGCCACACCGAAUCCACAGCGUCUUCGUCCAUCUGGAUCUAGUUCUGGUGAUCGUCGGGAUCAGUCACCGUUCAUUCAUUCAUCUCAUGGAAAUCCAGCAUUUGUGCCUCAAAAGGCUGGUAAAGCUAGUGCAGCUAGUAUUGAAGCUCGCUACCCAAAGCCCCCAAAGGCACCAGAGAAGCCCCUCAUGCCAUACAUGAGAUACUCAAAGAAGCAAUGGGAGAAUGUCAAGAGCAGCAAUGCUGAUUUGAAGUUGUGGGAGGUUGGCAAGAAAAUCGGAACUCUGUGGAAAGACCUUCCAGAUGAGGACAAGAAGGUCUACAUUGAUGAAUAUGAGGCUGAAAAGAUCGAGUAUGAAAAGGCACUAAAAGUUUAUCACAAUACACCCGCGUAUUUGGCUUAUAUGCAAGCUAAGAGCAAGAAGAGUGAUGUCCCAGACAUCCACGAUCCACCCCGUUCAAGCUCCAAAAGCCAACAAGAUCGUCGAGUCGACAUCCAACCAGCAGAAGAUGAAGAAGAUCAAGAUGACGGUCUGUCAUUCAAACAAGUCGCUUAUUCACGUUACAUGAGGAAUCAUCGAUUAAUUAAUGAAAUAUUCUCAGACGCUGUCGUUCCUGAUGUCCGUUCAGUGGUCACAACACAAAGGAUGCAUGUCCUGAAGCGACAAGUUCAGUCACUGGCAAUGCAUCAAAUGAAAUUGCAAGCUGAAUUGCAGCAAAUUGAGGAAAAGUUUGAUGCUAAAAAGCUGAAAUUCAAUGAAUCUUCAGAUAUUUUUCAAGAUGAACUAAAGAAGCAUUGUAAACCAGCUGUGGAUGACGAUACGUUCCAGAAAAUGGUUGAGAAGCAGUAUGAAGCAUUGAAACGUGAACGACUAAGAGUUCCAGACGACCAAAGCAAACCACAAACACAGCUACAACAACAAAAUCAACAACCACAAGCACCACAACAUAAACCAGCUGAGGAAGUUCCAGUCGCUGCAAAUGCAGCACAGCCAGCAUCAAAUACGGAACCAGCACCGUCAGCUGAGUCUCAGUCGACAUCUGAGAUGACCGUAUUACACUUACAGCCAAUGGACAUUGAGCCACCAAUGAAGCAACAGCCGAUGGAAAUUGAAGAGACAAAGACGACAGAAUUGGAAACAAUGACUCCAUCGACAGUCAAUCAUUUAUCGGAACCACAAGCUCCAAUUCCAAUCAUUGCUUCAAAGGAACCGGAAGCUAUAGUUGCUCCAAUUGAGCCACAACCACCAAUUACAUCUCCACAGCCACAAGCUCCAAUGCCGAUUGUUUCACAAGCUUCUGAACAGCAACAACCACCUACUGCUCUACAACCACCAGAUGUUCCAACAUCACAGCAUCACAUAAUGCAACCAGCACAACCACCAACUCAAGCUUCAUCAUCUCAAAUGUCACCAGGUCCAGUUUCAGGUCCACCAGCUGCUCAAAAUGUCCCACCACCGACUGGUCCAAUGCAUUCACAGGAACCACCAAUUCCAGCACCAAAUGUGACUGUUAAUCCAAGUAUGGGAUUGCCACAUAGUAUGCAGCAUGGCUACGGAUAUCCAAUGCAAGGACAUCCACCUCGUCCAUAUUAUGGUCACAUGCCAUACCAACAAGGAUAUCCAAAUUAUCCAUAUGGACAUCACAUUCCACCAUAUCAGCAGAAUUAUCACCAUCCACCAUAUGCUGGUGAACAAGGACAUCCAGUAUAUCCACCACAAGGUCCACCAAUGCAUGCAAUGCAACCAGCACAGCCAACAAUUUCUGUAGCACCUCCGAAUCUUCCACCAAAUCCAGCACAUCCAGGACCACCAAUUUCUGGUCCACCGGCAUCAGCAGUUCCUCCUAGUGCUGUUCCAACUAUAGAACCAGAAGAAAAGAAUGAUGAGAAGAAAAAGAAGAGGAAGAAGAAGGAAGUUGAGGCUGUUGAGGAUGGCGAAUGUGAGAAGUGAGGAACUGGAGCUGGAACUUGUUUUGUGGAUAAGAUUAGUAAAUAAGUGUAAGUUUUAGGUAUGUAGCUGUUGCUACUAGGAUGUAAAGGACAAAAACAAGACUUAAAGUUGGACUAGAACUUUUCUAAGUGUAGGACUAGAACUUGACUAAGAGAAGGACUAGAACUUGAUUAAGUGAAGGGUUAGAACUUGAUUAAGAGGAGGACUAGAACUUGACUAAGAUAAUGACUAGAACUUGACCAAGUUGGGGACUAGAACUUGACUAAGAUAAUGGAUAGAACUUGACUAAGAU